AUGGACACUGAGAGAUCGAGGGCGGGCUCCGCGCGUCGCUGCCUCCGCCGGGCCCCCAGAGGGCGCUGCCCGGUGCCCGUGAGGCCCCGCGGGGCGGGCGGCGGUUCCGGCGCGUCCGGCGGUUCCGGCCGCGGCCCCCACGUGUGCCGGGAGCGCGGCGUUCCCGCUGCUGCCGCGAUGUCGGUGCCUGCUGCCGCCAGCAACCUGCCCAUGCGGCUGCUCCGCAGGAAGAUCCACAAGCGCAACCUGAAGCUGCGGCAGCGCAAUCUGAAGCUGCGGGCGGCCCAGGGGGCAGUGCCCUCGCCGAGCGAGGCGGCUUCUCAGGGACCCUCGGAGGAGGAGGAGGAGGUGGCGGUGCCAGAGGUGGGUGCAGCGGAUGAGGAGGGAGCGGAGCCUGCGGACGCAGCCGGACCCCGCAGCGGGGAAAAGAAGAAAAAGAAGAAGAAAAAGAGAAAAGCAGUGGUCAACGGGGGAGAUGAUACAGAAACCAAAAAAGCGAAAACAGAAGAGGAUGAAUCUGCAGAGGUAGAAGAUGGAGAUAAGCAGGACUCUGGAGAGAAAGAAGAGGAAGAGGAGGAGGAUGAAGUGCCCAGGUUGCCACUAGGUGUAACAGGUGCUUUUGAAGACAAUUCCUUUGCUUCCCUGGCUGGUUCUGUCAGUGAGAAUACAUUGAAAGGCAUAAAUGACAUGGGGUUUACACACAUGACUGAAAUUCAGCAUAAAAGUAUUAAGCCUCUUCUGGAAGGCAGGGAUAUUUUAGCAGCUGCAAAAACAGGCAGUGGAAAAACACUUGCAUUUCUCAUUCCUGCAGUAGAACUCAUCUACAAGCUGAAAUUCAUGCCUAGGAAUGGAACGGGUGUUAUUAUUCUUUCUCCUACUCGAGAGCUGGCUAUGCAAACCUACGGAGUUCUUAAAGAACUUAUGAAUCAUCAUGUUCACACCUAUGGUCUGGUCAUGGGGGGCAGUAACAGAUCAGCAGAAGCACAGAAGCUUGGAAAUGGAAUCAACAUCAUUGUAGCAACACCAGGAAGACUGCUGGAUCAUAUGCAGAACACUCCAGGUUUCAUGUACAAGAACUUGCAGUGUUUGGUAAUUGAUGAAGCAGAUCGAAUCUUGGAGGUUGGAUUUGAAGAAGAAAUGAAACAGAUCAUAAAACUUCUACCAAAGCGCAGACAGACGAUGCUUUUCUCUGCCACACAAACCAGAAAGGUUGAAGAUCUGGCAAAGAUCUCUCUGAAGAAAGAGCCACUGUAUGUUGGGGUUGAUGAUAACAAGGAGACAGCAACAGUAGAUGGUCUGGAACAGGGUUAUGUGGUGUGUCCAUCUGAAAAAAGAUUCCUUUUGCUCUUCACAUUCCUCAAGAAGAACCGGAAGAAGAAACUGAUGGUAUUUUUUUCUUCAUGUAUGUCAGUGAAGUACCAUUAUGAAUUACUCAACUACAUUGACCUGCCUGUUUUGGCCAUUCAUGGCAAGCAGAAACAGACCAAACGUACUACAACGUUUUUCCAGUUCUGUAAUGCAGAGUCUGGAAUACUGCUGUGCACUGAUGUGGCUGCCAGAGGAUUGGACAUUCCUGAGGUUGACUGGAUUGUCCAAUAUGACCCUCCAGAUGAUCCUAAGGAAUAUAUCCAUCGUGUUGGUAGGACUGCCAGAGGAAUAAAUGGUAGAGGACAUGCUCUGCUCAUUUUACGACCAGAAGAACUGGGCUUUCUUCGUUAUCUGAAACAAGCCAGGGUACCGCUAAGUGAAUUUGAAUUUUCUUGGUCAAAAAUCUCAGACAUCCAGUCUCAGCUGGAAAAACUGAUAGAGAAGAACUACUUCCUUCACAAGUCAGCCCAGGAGGCUUACAAAGCUUACAUCAGAGCUUAUGACUCCCAUUCUCUGAAGCAGAUCUAUGAUGUCAAUAAUUUGGAUCUUCCCAAAGUCAGCCUUUCAUUUGGUUUUAAAGUUCCUCCGUUUGUUGACCUCAAUGUGAACAGCAACCAUGGCAGAAGACUACAGAAAAGAGGUGGAGGUGGAGGAUUUGGCUACCAGAAAACAAAAAAUGUCCACAAAGCAAAAAUCUUCAAACACAUCAGCAAGAAAUCCGACAAUCGGCAGUUUUCUCGUUAAUUACAGUCAUUAAAAUGCCUUGGGGCCUUGGAGCAGCCUACCUUGAUCAAAACCAUCUGGCAGUUACUUCCAGUUUAAGCAGCUCCUUUCUCAUUUUUAGGUCUCUUUAAGGAUUUUUUUCUUUUCUGGGAACAUCUUCUUCACUUCAGGAACACUCUUCAGAACUGAGGCUAAAGGAGAAUAUGGCCAGCGAAUUUUGCCAUGCUGGUUGUAAGGAAGAAUAUCAUUUGAAUUUCCUUAAGUCAAUACUACAGGAAGAAUACGUUUAGAUUUUUAUAGAAGAAUUUGCUUUACAUUUACCCUUCUUUCUAUGCAUACCUCUGAAAGUUGUUAAGAGUGAACAACAUAAGGACAUUGUGAGAUUAAAAGGUUUUGCUCACAUGAAUCGUUGCAAGGGAUUUUAAUGCUGAAGAACUCUGCUUUGGCCAUCAAACAUGCUGAAGAAUAUAGGAAGAUUCCUUUCGAGCUGAACCAUGGAUGAAUAACUAAGGCUGUAUGGGCUUGUGAAUAAUUUCAGACAUGGUAUCUGUAUAGUAAGUACAGUGUCCAAAAUAAAACAAAUCUCUUGCAUCAAUUCUGAGAUGGGAUUAAUGCUGUUUAAUGUGAUAUAAUGGUAACACUAUAGUAAAAUAUUUGGUUUUCAUUCA